UUUAAAUCUCAGUGCGCAAAGUGGCUGCGAUCAGUCGUCGGUAUAGUUAUACUGGAAGGGCAGUGAGGAUAGCUCAGUCUUAGGAAGCAGCAGCGUCUUUUUUGUGUCAUUUUAUAUUCGUUAGUGUCCUGUUCCUCCAUAAUGAAGACGAUACUUGCUGCUUAUUCCGGUGUCUUGCGAGGCACUGGUUCCAGCAUCCUCUCUGCCCUUCAAGAUCUGAGCAGCACAUCCUGGCUGUCCCACUCCAAGGUCAUCAAGCAGCUGCAGGCCAUCUCUGUGAUCCAGUGGAUCCUCACUUUCCUCUUUGUAGGUGCAUCCUGCACGAUGGUGCUGAUCUACCUGUUCUGCACUGACUGCUGGCUGAUUGCGGCCUUCUACACCUGCUGGCUCAUCUUUGACUGGGACACCCCCAAUGAAGGUGGCCGCCGGUCGUCCUGGGUGCGGAACUGGGCCGUUUGGACCUAUUUCAGAGAUUUCUUCCCUAUCAGGCUUGUCAAGACGUGCGACCUUCUGCCAAGUCGGAAUUACAUCUUCGGCUACCAUCCCCAUGGGAUCUUCUGCUUCGGUGCAUUCUGCAACUUUUCGACCGAGUCCACAGGCUUCUCCAAAAAAUUCCCUGGCAUUAGACCUUCUCUGGCCACCCUUGCUGGGAACUUCCGCAUGCCGUUGCUGAGGGACUACUUGAUGAGUGGAGGUAUCUGUCCUGUGAACCGUAACUCAAUCGACCACCUUCUAUCACACAACGGGACGGGUAAUGCUGUCAUAAUCGUCGUUGGGGGUGCUGCUGAGUCCCUGGACUGCGCUCCUGGCAUGAAUUCUGUCACCCUGAAGAACCGCAAGGGCUUUGUGAAGCUGGCAUUGCAGAAGGGGGCCGACUUGGUGCCUGUGUAUUCCUUUGGAGAGAACGAGGUGUACAAGCAGGUCAUCUUCGAGGAGGGGUCCUUCUGGAGACUGGCCCAGAAGAAACUCCAGAAGCUCUUCGGCUUUGCCCCAUGCCUCUUCCACGGCUGUAGCAUUUUCUCAGAAGACUCCUGGGGCUUUGUGCCUUAUGCCAAGCCCAUCACCACUAUCGUGGGAGAACCAAUCACAGUACCCAAGAUCGAAGACCCCAGUCAGGAGGUGCUUGAUCAGUACCACGCUAUGUAUAUAACCUCACUCGGAAAACUCUUUGACAAGCACAAGAGCCGGUUUGGGCUGAAGGAGAGCGACAUCCUGUACAUCCAGUGAAUGUCCCUGGAGCCCAUAGACUAUGUUCUUCUGAAUGGUCCUUGGUGAUCGCUGGUCCUUUGCUCUUGAACUAUUCCAACUAGACAGCAUGUCAUGCCAAAAGGCCAUGUUCAGGUAGUAUUUAUGAUGGGGAGCUGCUCUGGAAUUCUCUGAAUGCAUCUCAUGUUUAUUUCUUUAAUAACUGUUGUUGAUUUUCCCCUUUUCUGUCAUCCAGCCAACAACGUUGAAAUUUUCUUAGCUAGCCAUAAAUUACAGCAGAUGCUAUACAUCAGGUGUGCCACAAGGGGGCGCCAUAUUGCUAAUGCAGGGUUUCACAGGGUCUAGUCAUCCAAUGAAGUUGCAAUUUUUGAGGCUUAGGAUUGUCAAGUGAAGUGUUCUUCACGUUCUGGGGGUAUAAUAUUAAGGUCUUUAUUUCAAAAGAGGCACAAGAAUAGUGGACCCUUGUUCUCCUGAUGUUCUUUGAGCUGUUAUAGGCUACAUUGUUUUCACUGUCACGUAAUUAUGUACAGUUCAGAUCACCAGGCAUCUUUGCAGAACACUAUCCUGUGUGUAGGAGAUGGGGGAUGGAGACCUGCCUUGUCCAAAGGCCAUUAAAUGUUAGGCUUAUGUUCUGUUUGACUCAUGGAAUUUGUGUUAUAUGCACAAACAAUGCAAUUUAAAAUAUUUCCUCAUGAAAUGUAGCGGCCUUGUGCGUCAGUCAAACCAAAGAUGUGAGGGUGGGUUCUUUUUGACUAAAUGAAAGCAAAAGACCUACACUGUUUAAUACUUCUCUCUAAUCACUAGACCUUGGUGCACCUCUAAUAUUCUUGGAUCUUAAGCGAGGGUCUCUGGUGUAAUUCUGUUUAAAAUGAAGUGAAGCGUAAUUGGGCAGAAUUUAACAGGCUGUGGUGUAAUUUAAGACAUAGACAAUGGAAUUUGGUGUGAUACUAUGAUGUAAUACUACGAAAGAAUAGAAUAAUCUGAACAUACAGCAGUUUUCUUGCACUUUCUUGGUUUUAAGUGUUGUACUUCUGCACUCUUUGCACUCUAAUGGAAAUUCACCUAUUUACAAAGACACAAUUUUAAACCCGUUGAGCCUUUUUUUCUGCUUAAUUGGUUCAUUUCAGUUUCAAAUUUCUAUGUGUUAAUGCUGAUCAUUAAGAGAAGUGAAGUUUGGUUGGACAACAUUUAAAUUGUUUUGUUUCAUCCAAUGAAUAUUUUUCCCUAAUUUUCAUUGGUCUGAACAAAUGUGAUCAGUCUGAUUUUGGGAAUUGUGAUGUGCCUAUGGUCUUGUGAAUGUAGGGAAGAUAUUUCAGACUGUAACAUUAAGCAGGGUCAGAGGACCACCAACAUGCGUCAUACUCUGACAGAUUCUGAAACCAGCUCAAAAACGGACCCCCUUAAGUGUGCCAGUCCAGACCCUCUGGCCCUUCAAGGAUGGAGUACAACGAACUGUAAAGUGGAACGCUUCUUGAAUGAAUCUCUGUUUGUAUUCUACAUGUAUGGACUGUGGAUAUGAAAUGGGAAUCAGUGAUUGUAUAAUAAGAACGUCAUUUGGAUUGCCUGUCUGCUGAGUUCAUCACUGUGACUUGCUGCAGAGUGGAGUGUUUCACACUCAGUGCAAUAUAUAUAUAUAUACACAGCAAUAAUAAUAUACUUUUAAUGGUAUGUAAGCUUUUACCUGGCUGCUUAAAUUGUCAUUAUUUUGUAUGUGUUUUUGAAUAAAAAGACCUUUAUGAA